GAUGUUAUGUGUCUUCUCAUUCGUCGAUACGUCAGACAUAUAGAGAGACUGAAAAUAGGAGAAGGAGAUAAAACUUCCAAUGAUGAAAUACUUCGAAGACUAAUCGAAAGAAUGAGUGCCAAAGUUGAGAAGCGUCUGGACGAACUCCAGUUCAAGAUCACCCGCUUGGAGAGGGAGCUAGAGGAGGCCAAGUCUGAGUCUGGCAGGUCUUAUGAGCUGCAGCAAGAGCAUUUCGAGAAGUUCGUGGAGUUUACAGGUCGCAAGAUUCGAGAGAGCGACAGAUACAUACAUUUCCUAGACGAAGCCAAGUUGCAGAUUUUAGCAAGGAUGGACUCUGAGCGCAUCCAGAUGGAGAAGGUUAUUGAAAGCAGAGUGGCCCACUUAGGCAAGAAACUGGACGAAAGCUCCAGCCAGAUGAGCCAACAGCUAGAAAGAAUUAGAGCUUCCAGAGCUGCCGCCGGGAGUGGGUCUCCGGGCAGGUUCAAACCCGCGGACUAG